UGGUACCCAACCCUCCUCCAUCUUGCAGGUUUGCCCCCAUUGAUUGUAACAAAUACUUAGAUCAUGUCACUCCUUUAGAUAACUGAAGUGCUCUGUAAGAAUUGUUAAUUGUCCAUUUUUAAGUAGUAGAAAACCAAAACUCUAUUAACUUUGCUUCUUGUUGCUUGUCAGGCAUAGAAGAGGAUUCUGAUAGUUCAGCGCUGGAUGGCUUCAACAUAUGGCCCGCAAUUUCCGAAGGGGUCCCAUCAGAAAGAACAGAGAUUCUUCACAAUAUUGACGGAAACAGUGCGGCAAUUCGUGUGGGCGACAUGAAGCUGUUGUUAAACGUAAACGAUAAAGAAUGGUACGAACCGCCAGAGUUGUCCUCUGGAACAAGGAAAACGAAAAAG